AUGUACAUAUGUAUACUGAAAUGGAAAAAAUACAAUGUUGUCAUUGGAGGGGAUAUCAAUUCAAGUUUUGAUGUCCUGCAGGACAGAAAAACUGUGACAGAGCUCAAAAAUGUGCUUCGACAAUUUAACCUGUACUAUGUUAACUGCAAACCUACCAGAGGCUCAUCCUGUCUAGACAAUAUAUUUACAAAUAUUAAGAGAACUUGUAUGUCCACUGAUGUAAUUAGUUUCCCUUUCUCAGACCAUGAUGCAGUAUAUCUUAGUCUUAAUAAUGUAACUUCAGACUGCACCAAACCAGAAUCUAAAACUGUGAUUACUAGACCAGUGAGCAGAGAGAGGGUGGGUAGGUUUAGACAUGCCCUCACUUAUUUCAGUUGGGACACAUGUUUUAUUAGGCUUCAACACUGUUCAGCUGAUAUUGUAUUCACAAAGUUUUUCUCCGUCUUUUUAAAUGUAUUUGAAAAUAACAUCCCUCUGAAAAAAUGUACAGUAAAUAUUAGUAGUAAUUACAAGAAAAGGAAAACGAAGGAAUGGUGUACUCCACAGUUAGGGCAACUGAAAAAUACUGUUAUGCUGUAUUCUAGUCUGUACAAAACCAGUAAAUCAGAACUGUAUAAAGACCUGUAUGCUAAAGCUAAAUGCAAGUAUAGGAAGGCAAUAAAUGAAGCAAAGAAACUGCAUAACAUAGUAAACAUUGAAAAAUCUAACAAUAAAUGCAAGAAGGCCUGGAGUGUAAUAAACUCCAUUUUACACACUAAACACACAGAGGAAAUUGCCAUUACCCCAGAAGAAUUUAAUAAAUAUUGCAUUCAGUCCAUUGAAGAAAUUAGUAGUUCAAUAAUCAAACCACCUGAAAAUGCACUUAGUAUUAUGGACAGCUGCUUUGAAAAGCUUCCCCAAAGCACCUUCACUUUCACAGAAGUGAGCCCAAAUAAUAUCCUAAAAAUAGUGAAAAAUGUCAAACCUUCAGUUAGUGUUGAUUACUAUGAUAUGUCAUGUAAUUUGUUGAAAGAUGUUAUUGAUUGUUUUUUUUCAAAAAUUUCAGAAAAGAUAAUGUAUGAGCAAGUUAGUGCCUACUUGGGUAAACUAACUAUAAUUAGUGAUAAACAGUUUGGAUUUAGGAAAGGUAAAUCCACAACGGAUGCAAUGGACUCCCUCGUAAAAUUAGUCCUAGAUGUGUUCGAGGCUAGGGACUAUGCCCAGGCUACAUUAUGUGACCUGAGCAGAGCCUUCGACUGUGUAGAGCAUGACACUGUGCUGAAUAAGCUAGUUUACUAUGGUUUUGAUGACAACAGUAUAAAUAUGUUCAGGUCUUUUCUAGAGAACAGUCAACAAGUUGUGUGCAUUGGUAGGGAGAAAUCAAAUUUGGUUAAUGUUAGUGCUACAUUUGUUAAUUCUGAAUUAUUACACCAACAUUCUGUUAUGCAAACAAGUGAGCUGACAAUAGACACUUCUAAUUGUUGCAGUUUGUUUGUGAUGCACUGCAUAGUUUGGUGGAAGAUUGAGAAGCACUGA